AUGCUUGGAUCCCGUUUCCUCCUUCUUGCGCUUGGUCUCUUUGUUUUGGUCUGGGCUGAGAAGUCCACGGAGCAACAAGUUCAGGAACAAACUGACCUUGACAAGUCGGGAGAGCAACUCUCGGAAGAAGACUUGAUUGAUGAACAAAAGCGUAACCCAAUGCAACGUUCAUCAAUGGUUCGGUUCGGACGUUCUCCAAUGCAACGUUCGUCGAUGGUCCGUUUCGGAAAACGCUCACCAAUGCAAAGAUCGUCAAUGGUUCGUUUUGGAAAGAGAUCUCCAAUGCAACGAUCAUCGAUGGUCCGCUUCGGAAAACGCUCUCCAAUGGAGCGUUCGGCAAUGGUCCGCUUCGGAAGAUCCCCAAUGGACCGAUCCAAAAUGGUCCGAUUCGGAAGAUCAUCCAUCGACCGUGCAUCAAUGGUUAGACUUGGAAAACGUACUCCAAUGCAACGAUCAUCAAUGGUCCGAUUUGGAAAGCGAUCAGCACCAUCCGACAUUAACGAAAUCCAAGACAACGAACAAAUCCGAGACAACGAAUGA